AUGUCCGCACGUACAGCCACGGUCGAGCGCAAGACGAGCGAGACCCAGAUUACCUGUACUCUCACUCUCGACACUGGGGCUGGCUUUGCGCCCCAGCAGAUCAACGUGUCGACUGGUAUUGGAUUCUUGGAUCAUAUGCUCACCGCGCUCGCCAAGCACGGCGGCAUGUCGCUCGAGGUUAAAUGCAACGGCGACCUGUGGAUUGACGACCACCACACUGUCGAGGACUGUGGUCUCGCCCUGGGCGAGGCGUUCAAGAAGGCUCUUGGUGAGCGCAAGGGCAUCAAGCGGUACGGGUAUGCGUAUGCUCCUCUCGACGAGACUCUGUCGCGCGCCGUGCUUGACAUCUCGUCGCGGCCGUACUUUUGCGGCGACCUGCCGUUCACCCGCGAGAAGAUUGGAGACCUCUCCACCGAGAUGAUCUCGCACUUCUUCGAGUCGUUUGCCCAGUCCGCCGGCGUGACUCUGCACGUCGACUGUAUUCGCGGCGUCAACAACCACCACAUUGCCGAGGCGUCUUUCAAGGCCCUCGCCCUUGCUAUUCGUGCCGCCGUCGCCCUCACGGGGUCGGACGACGUCCCGAGCACCAAGGGUGUGCUCGCUGUCUAA